AUGGGAAAUCUCAUUUGUCCGAAAUUGUUGUGUGGUUUCUUUGUGUUCCUUGCAUUGGUGUGUUUAACAAAACAGCAAGAUGAAGGGUUUGUUUCCAACGUGUUCCAGUUUUUUAGCGACAAGGUUAACAAUCGGCUGAUGGAACAUAUCACCAUGAGACAUAACGUGGAACUGGCAUACAAAGCAUAUGUGGCUUACUUCGACAGAGCAGACGUGGACCUCCCGGGCUUCAAGAAAUUAUUUCAGCAACUGGAGAAAGAUGCACACGACAGGGCAUUAUCCCUGACAUCAUACAUUAACAGCCGAGGUGGACGUGUACGAUUUCCUGUAGUGAAACUGAGCGAGGCCUGCAAGUACAUUCAUCAAUACACAGAUAAGCGAAAGUCAGAAGAGAAAACACAGCCAUGUAUCUGUUACUUUCAGUUUCAAGACUCAACAAACAAAGUAAACAUUGAUGAUUACUGUGAGGAAAACUGGAGACUACAGUCAGGUCUGCAGGGUGUUAAAGAGGCUUUGGCACUGGAGAGAUCAGUCAACAACGACCUCAUCAUCCUGGUUGGUUUGGCCAUCAGUCAGAAUGACCCACAUAGCAAGAUCACUAUUGAACAUGUGAUGGAUCAGCAGAUAGAAACCAUCAAGAAACUGGCGGACCUCCUGGAUAAACUUCAAGGAUACCAGCAGGACCAGGAAGGUUACUCUCUCGGGGAGUACCUUGUGGAUAAUGAAAUAAAGAAGUAG